AUGUCGUCCAAGUCUCGAUUUGAUCGUAAAACCGCGAAAAAAUAUGCUGUGGUUCACAGGCCGCAUGAUGAUCCGCAGUUUUACGAUGCAGACGCUUCAGCACACGUCCUUGUGCCAGUUGACAAUCCCAACAAAAGUCGGGAUCUAGGCAAAGUAAAGUCUCCACUAGCCAGAACUGUCACCGGGAAGAUCAAGUCUGCUUCCAAUACUGUAAGCGAACAUGUCGGAGAAGCUGCGAAGUAUGGUAUACUGUUCGACGAUUCGAAUUACGACUACACCAAGCAUUUGAAGCCCAUCGGAGAAGAUCCUGAUGCAGUUUUCAUUCCAGCAAAGGGUGAAUCUAAAGUCCCAAGGAAGCAGAAUAUCGAGGAUAUGAUUGUGGAACCUAAAUAUAAGAGCACAACUGCAAAAGCGGAAUCUGUUUUUCAACGAGGAAUGGCCAAACCAGAAUAUCUGAUUCACCAGCAGGAUGUCGAGGACGAGCUUCGCGGAUUCAAACCUGACAUGAACCCAGCCCUUCGUGAAGUUCUAGAAGCCUUGGAAGAUGAAGCAUAUGUUGUGAACGAGGACAUCGUGGUUGGCUCCGAGAAAGUAAAGCCUAGUUCAAUGGAGGACGAUGCCGCGGGAGAUGAUGAUAUAUUUGCAGAAUUACUAGGAAGCGGCCGAGUUGAAGACGAAGAGGAUUUCGAGCAGGAGUUCGAUGAGUGGGAUAUGGAUAACUUAGAGAAUUUCGAGGACGACAACUAUCAAGAAGAACUUCAACAAUUUGACAAGAUUGAGAAUCUUGAAGAUCUACAACACAUCGACUACCAGGCCGACGUUGGCAGAUUCAAAAAAGAACAGUCCCGGAAGUAUGUCAGUGACGAUUGGGAUUCUGAUAAUGAUCUGGAAUCUGAUGGAGUUGCCGCCAGUUCCGAUGAAGAACGUGACGGCUUGGGUGAACUUCCUUCCAUAAAUAUGAAGCAAAAAGGACAGAGUUCUAACAAAAAAAAGCAUCGUCGUAAGAAGGGUGCGAUGUCUGAUGUCUCCGGGUUCUCGAUGUCUUCUAGUGCGAUUGCAAGAUCUGAAGCUCUUACUGUUCUGGAUGACCGCUAUGACAUGAUCAUAUCCGGUUACGAUAAUUACGAAGAGGAGCAAGAGCUUGAUGAAGAAAAUAACUACAAGCCUUUUGAUAUGGCAAAUGAAAGAAGCGAUUUUGAGUCUCUGCUCGAUGAUUUCCUGGACAACUACGAACUGGAGAAAGGUGGUCGUAAACUGGCUAAGAAGGAUAAGGAAAUUGACCGCAUUAAAAUGGCUGCAGACGAAGUCAGCAAAGGUAAGCUAUCCAUGAGAAGGAAAAGAGAAGCGCAAAAAAACGCAGUGGAUAAUUUAUCCAAUGGCUUGAGUAGUUUACGCUUUUGA